AUUUGUGUAUUUAGUGAUCUAUGAAAUAAUUUAGUGAUGUUACGAAAUGUUUUUUGGAUUGUAUUAAUAUUGAGCUUGUCUGUAUGUAGAGUCGAAAAUGGAGGUACUGAACAGACGACGGAAAAAGAAACGCGACCAGAGUACAUACAUCCAGACGGUCUGCUGAACUUCGAUCCUUACUUAUCAGACUUUAAACCAGUCGUCGAAGAAGACGACUAUAUACCACUACCAGAAAACGACGAAACAAUAGACGGCCUACCAAUAUUCCUUAUAGAACCGAAGAAUUCCUACGUCCUACGAACGAAACCAGCAACUCUACUAUGUAGAGCCGCGAAUGCUCUACAAGUAUAUUUCAAAUGCAAUGAUGUUAGGACGGAUAAGACUGUUCAGUUAGAACAUGUUGAUCCACAGAACGGUGUUCGAGUUGUGGAAGCUGAACUAAACGUGACUAGAAAUGAACUGGACGAAUAUUUCGGUGGUAGAUACAGCUGUGAGUGCUACGCUUGGAAUAGCAAAGGAAGGAUACGUAGUCAGGGUGUUUUCAUUGAAUUUGCAUAUAUAAAGAAGCAAUUUACUCAUCAGCCCCAAUCGGCGACAGUGGAAGCUGGUCGCCAAGUGACUUUCCGAUGCAGUCCACCGCCAGCCGCUCCCCCUGCCACCAUCAAGUGGUUAAGAAGUGGUGUUUCUAUUGAAGCUAACGAUGAAACUCUAGUGUUACCAAAAGUUGGAUUGCAGGACAUGGCAAAUUACUCAUGCAUCGCCGAAAAUAUCGCCGGGAAGCGGGAAUCUGAUGUUGCUGUGUUAUCUGUAUACGUCAACGGCGGCUGGUCGGAUUGGUCACCUUGGGCCCCCUGCAGGUGUGGGGCCCAGACUAGUGGCAGACGGAGGAGUCGAACUUGCACGAACCCUGCACCUGCAAAUGGCGGUGCACCUUGUAGGGGAUUAGCAACUCAGAGCGAUGAUGAUUGUUUAAUAUGUCAGACUGGUUCAUGGCUCACAUGGAGCGCUUGGUCAGUAUGCAGCGAGGAGUGUGUGAGGGUACGACGGAGGGAAUGUUCAGGAACCUGUUCUGGGUCAACACUGCAGCAUGCUGCUUGCGUUGACGGGCUAUGUUCAUCUGGAUUCAGAAUUUAUAAAAACAACAUAACAUUGUACGUUGGUAUUGGCAUCACGGUAGCCAUGUUGGCUGCUGGAGCGGCGAUCCUCUACGUCUGGUGUAGAUACAACGCAGUCAGACCUGCUUACAGCGCUGCUAGAGCAGGUAUACCAAAGAGCUACUCCAGCAGAGACAAAGGAAAUACAGCCCCAGAUCUAACAAGAACCUGCAACGAAUACUGGAUGAGACCGGAUAAUCACUACGACAUGCCGCAGUUAAGAGAUAGUUACGCGUCUCCCUUUGGCAAUAGAAGCAGACAGCAGUCGUCCGCAGGUAGUAAUCACUAUGAGAUGAAACCAGUCAGCCCUUCGGGGGACUCUGCUUCUAGUUGCUACACGAACUCACGAACAAUGACGUCACGCUCAAGCGAAUGCUCCUCUCAACUCGCGGAGCUCGUGACGUCAUCAUCUCACUCUAAAGUUGACGUAGCAGUCACUCUACCGCCCGGGCCUUCAGACAACAGUUACAGAGACAAGAUAUGUCUAACAAUUGUUAAAUAAAUAAAUGGCUUUAUUAUUUAAUAUGUUAGUACAUAAGCGUCUGUUGUGGAGAAGUAAAUGCUUUGUAAACGUUUUAUUUGAAAAGUGAAAAGUUAAUAAUUAUGAUGUUUUAAUAAACAAAUGAAGGCGGUUA